AUGAGUGGAACGAGUUCUAUUCCGCCUGAUUAUCAAAAUGCUAACCCAUUACUUUACACAUUUCGAAAUGAUAAUACCGGUAUUCAACCGUACUUUAUUAUCGUUGCACAAUUUUUCAUAUUUGAAAUCUCUUUACGACUUUGGGAUCGAGCAGUCUAUGGAACAUGGCUAUUACCAAGUGAUUUGAUUAUUAUUAAAAGAAUUCCAUCUCUACCUCCACCCCCACCUCCACCUCGACCUCCAUUCCCAUUAUCUUCAGAACUGAUUCAAAGUGGUAUCAAUAGUAUAUCGACAGGACGGCGUUCGUCUCGUAUUCGAACCAUUUAUUUUCUUCGAGAUAGUAAAGGCAUCUUAAUAAAAACUGAUGAAAAAGAAGAAAUGCCAACAUUUGAUUUACAUGAUAUUGUUGUCUCUGUUUUACCAUUACUUGCUCAUACAAUUUGGUUUUGUUUUAUUCAAUCUUCAUGUAUGUCAGGUGCAAAUGCUACGACAUGGAAUUGUUAUAAUUUAUUUGGUUAUCGAAUAUAUAAUUAUUUAUUUGGUCCAUUUACUGAUUUUGCUUAUGAAUAUAUUUCUAAAUUAAUUAUAUUACGUGACAUGAGAGAAUUAAGAAUUCCAUUGAUUCAUCAUAAGAAAAGAUGGCGAAAUAUAUUAGCAAUGAUUAUCUUUUAUCCAGCUUUAGUUUUGUCAACUAUAACAUUUAUUUUUGUUGGAGGUUUACUUCUUCCAUAUGCUUUUACAAAUGUUAUACCAAUGGUGAUCGUUUAUUCAUUUUUAGUCGUUAUUUAUGCAUAUGUUGUCUCGGUUAUCACUCUUCUAAUCAAAUUUUAUACAUUUGUUACUGGAAAUAUAUUUUCUUUUCACGGUGAAAAACUUAAUUUUAUUAAAAAACAAAUGAAGAAAUAUCAUUUUAAACGACGCUUGGUUAUUCGGUUUGGUGCUCGACUAUUUCCAUAUUUAAUUUCAGUCUUGUUCAAUUUAUCUCAAUAUUUUUAUUACGGAGAUGACUAUUUAGGAGCACUUACCCGUGAAGCUGAUUCAAGAGAUCUAACUCCAUAUUUUGCUCGAAUGACAAAUUCAUCACAAUUAGCUCAUACCAUAUUAACUACUAUAUAA